GAAGAGGAAGACGAGGGAGAAGUGGGUUCCGGCUCACGGCCAUUAUCUCAUUGGUAGAAGAAGAAGAAGAAGAAGUGGGUUCCGACCGGCGGGUGAUGAGCGGGACGUCACAGCUGACGCAUCGCAAGCGAACAGCCGUUCGUGAAUGAGCGCGACCUUCGGAUAGCCAUUUGCGCAAGCGCCGAAGGAAGGAAGGAAGGCAAGGGACGAGCCAGGUGCCCGUAAAUGUGCCUUGAAAGAAGCAGGCAGAACAACGUCCACUGCCCGGACCCUCUGCAGCCAUGACAUCGCAAGCGGACGAAGUCUUGUUCGAAAUUCCUCAUCAUCAAAAAGCGGCGGUUCAAUUCACUGCAGGAGCUGUGGCUGGCUUCAUUGAAGUGUGCGUUAACCAUCCCUUGGAUGUCGUCAAGACGAGGCUCCAGAUGCAGUCAGCGGAUGACCCGAACCGCUACAAGUCCAUCACCAACUGCUUCGCCCGCAUGGUCAAGGCCGAGGGCUUUCUGUCGGUCUACAAGGGAAUCCUUCCCGUUCUGGUUGUAGAGACACCCAAGAUGGCUGUGCGCUUCGUGGUGUACGAAUAUUGCAAACGAAAAUUAUCGCCCUACGUCGGACAGGUUGCUACGACUGGAACGGCUGGUUUCGUCGCGGGUGUCGUCGAGGGAGCGGCUGUGAAUCCUUUCGAGGUCGUCAAGGUACGGCUUCAGACAGAUCGUCAGUUCGUCCAGCAACAACCGAGUUCUUACGCUUUAGCGAAACAAAUCUACAGGUCUCACGGAUUGGGGCCCAGAGGACUUAGUCUAGGUAUGACCGCGAAUGUUUUUCGGCACGGCGUCUUCCUCGCCAUUUAUUUUGCCGUUUACAACAAGUUAAAGUCUUCAGCUCCUGCGUACAAAUCUGCACUGGAAGAGAAUGCCUGGAAGAUGGGGUUCGGAGUGUUCAGUGGUUGCGUCGGCACGUGUUUUAAUAUUCCGUUUGACGUAGCGAAGAGUAGGAUUCAAGGACCACAGCCGGAACCCGGGAAGGUAAAGUACAAGACAUGUUGGCAGUCCUUGACCUUGGUGUACAAGGAAGAAGGCUUCUUGGCUUUGUACAAAGGUUUGGCUCCAAAGAUGCUCAGGCUUAGUACAGGCCACGGGUUAAUUAUUGUUCUAUAUGAACACAUCGUGGAGUUAUUAGAGGCAAUGGUGCGCCGAUUAUAAUGAACGGGUUACUAGGGCAAAGUGACGAUUGGCAUUUUAUGCCACUGCUAAAAUUAUUUGACAUCAAUAUUACGCUAUCUGACGAAGAUGCGUACGAUGAAUUUGAUGAAUUUAUUCAUUAAAUAUGUAUUAAAUAGGAA